UUCCAAGCUGCGGGAAUCUGUCCGCAAUCCCUCAAAAACAUUGAGGGGAACUUUCAAAAGCGUUUGGACCGACUGAAAGAUGUAGUGGACGUUUGGAAUGGGGAAUGCUGCCAUGUCUGUCGUUGCGUUUUUUCCGUCGAAAUCCUGCCAGCAGUUGCUUCUGGGAGGCGACAUCGAAGAGAUGCCUCCAGAUAAAAUGAUGGACUUGAGUGGGAAACAUUUGAGGAAGUUUCCUCUUCAGGUCUGCGCUUUUACCGAACUUAUUAAACUGUACCUGAGCAACAACAACCUGAGCAGUCUUCCUCCCGAGUUUCACCUGCUGGGCUGCCUGCAGAUCCUAGCUCUGGAUUUCAAUUGCUUCAAAGAACUCCCCCAAGCGGUGUGCCGUCUCCGCCAGCUCUCCAACCUCUACCUGGGCAACAACAUCCUGUGUGACCUGCCGGCCGAGCUGAGCUCGCUGGCUGACCUGAAGGCACUGUGGAUCGAGAGCAACUGCUUCGAGCAGCUGCCCCCGGUCAUCUCCGAGCUGAGGCAACUGAGGGUCCUUCACGCCAGCUGCAACCAGCUGGCGAGCUUACCCAAGGAGCUCGGGCAACUGCGGGAACUGCAGAGCAUCUGGAUCUCGGACAACCUGCUCUGCGACUUCCCCGAGGUCCUGCUGGAGAUGAGCAGCCUGGAGGUGAUCGACGUGGACCGAAACAAGAUUCGGUCCUUCCCCAGCCUGGUCCACAUGCAAAACCUGAAGCUGGUGAUAUACGACCGCAACCCAUGCAGGAAUGCCCCCAGAGUGGCCGAGGAGGUCAGGAGGGUGGGCAGAUGGGCUGACUAUCGCCCCGAGGCCGAUCACAAAUCACUGCCGGAGAAAGUGGCGGAGCAAGCUGGAGAAGAGACGGACAUUGAAACGCCAGGAAAGAAUGAACGCAACAACGAUUCCGGUUAAAUGGUGCUCGAUUUAACACUGAAAGCAACUUAACCCCACCUGGCGUCUAAGAAAUGCAAUUUUCAAAUGUCCAGUUUGGCUUUAAUUACGCAGAAAUAUAUGCAAACAUGCUAAUUGCGCCGUUUUUCUGUCUCUGAGGAAUGCCACACAACGGGGGACACUUCUGCUAGUGUUAACUGCACCAGAGGACUUCAAAUCCUUCACUCAUAAAAACUGAAAGCGCUGGAGAAAUGCUCAGCAGGCCAGGCAGCAUCUGUAGAGAGAGAAACAAAAUGAAUUGUUUCAGGUCAGUUACUUUUCGUCGGAACUGGAAACAAAAGUUCAGGGAUGUAAUAUAUGUUAAGCAAGUACAAACGCAGGGGAUGGGGUGAUGUUGUUAGGACAAGAGCAAAAGGGCGAUAAACAUUAAAUGCAAAGGGGAUGAUGGUGCCAGGCAAAGGGGGGUGGUAAUGGAAUUUCUUCUCUGAGGGUAGUGAAUCUGUGGAAUUCUUUACCACAGAGGGCUGUAGAGGCUGGGUCCUUAAGUAUAUUCAAGGCUGAGAUAGACAGAUUUUUAAUCAUUAAUGGGGUCAAGGGUUAUGGGGAAAAGGCAGGAAAGUGGAGUUGAGGAUUAUCAGAUCAGCCGUGACCUCAUUGAAUGGCGGAACAGACUUGAUGGGCCGAAUGACCUACUUCUGCUUCUCUGUCUUAUGGUUACAUGCAACGAAACAGAAGAUGGAUAUAGAGCAGGUGAAAACAGAACAGAAUAAUCACCAACAGUUGCUGUCCAAAAAUAAAAACGGAAACAGCGAUUAUGAUUUGGAGUGGUUGAACUUUAUGUUAAGUCUGGAAGGCUGUAAAAUUCCUAAUCAAAAGAUGAGGUGCUGUGCCUCAAGCUUCCACUGAAUUCCAUGGGAAUAGCGUAGGAGGUUGAGGACAGUGAGAUGAGAAUGAGGCAAACAAUUACAAUGGCAGGAACUGGAAGCUCAGGGUCAUUCUUGCGGACUGAAUGGAGAUGUUCUGCGAAGUGAUGUGUUUGGUCUCCCCAGUGUAGAGGAGACUGUAACGUGAGCGAGCAGCUUGAUUUUGGCCCACAGAACUGACUUCUUUCUGUAUUGAUUCUCCAUUUGUCCAAUCUCUUCCCACUUACAUCCACAACUCUUGCUUAAAGCCUAUUAAAUCUCUUAACUUUUUCCAGUUCUGAUGGAAGAUCAUUGACCUUAAAAGUGAGCUAUGUUUCCCUCUCCACAAAUAUUGUCCGACCUGCUGAGUAUUUCACACUUUCUGAUUUCUCAUGUAUUUUUUAAUAUUGUAAAUAACAGGGUCUUUGGAUGGCGCAGUACAUCUCUGAUCAAAAGACAAUGGAGAAAACAUAAAGGCUGCCAGGUAGAGUGGGAAGUUUAGAGAGAGCAAAAGGAAUAACACAAAUCGUGCAUUUAAUAAAACGAUCCCCCACCUCCCCAAAUGAACUUUGAUAAUGGGAGACAAUUCAUAGAGGCUAACAUUGGGGAAACCCAUUACUGGCCUUCAUGAGCAUCCCCAGGCCCAAAAUGGUGGGUUGCUGAUAUUUGUCAUUCACAGUACCCAGAGGUCAAAAGCACCUCAAGAAAACUCUAAUCCCAACAGGAAUCUGAUGCCUCCCACAACACUGCCAUUGCUUUGUUUUACAGGGCUGCUUCUGAUAGUAUGCUUGAAGUAACUAGGGGAGACAGUGAAGUAAGUAGGGUAUUACUGUACAUCCAACCUAAUCUGUAUCUGAUCUGUGAACAAAUUACUUGGUAUCCUAAGUGGAUAUGUGUUUAAUUCCACAACACUGGUGCAACUUGAGCACAAAAGUUCAGAGUUUUGUUUUCGCGUGAUUGCAUUUUAGGACUGCUCUUAACAGCUAAAAGAAAGUCUUCACAUAGCAUCGAGCAAUCCAGUUACUAUUAACAUCUCAGCAAUGAUACAAGCAGAAGGCAAUGGCUGCCAGGCCUUCUUGUAUUGCAGUGGGAGCAAAGUGCACUCCACUUUUACACUCACAUAUCAAAUCGUACCUGCUAUUCUUAAUUUCUUAAGAACAGUUUAGAAUGCAAGGCAAGGGCAAAGCAAGGCCACUAUUUGGAAGUAUUUGUGUUUCCUCCUACACCUUUACAUUAGCAAUAAUGGAGAAAUUCUUGUACCAAAGAAUCCUGGGCUUAUGCCAUCUAAUGCAUCAACACUUUCCAAGUAUGUUUUUUGUUUUGAGUACCUCCUGAGAAAAUGUUCAUGGAGGUAGAGAUGUCUGGUUCUCCACAGUGGCACUUGCUUUCAUGCUGACUAUUUUGGAUUUUGGCAUAACUGCUAGCAUGAGGCUGCAUGGCUAAAAUGACAAAGAAUCGCAAUUUCUGAGCAACAGGCCCAAAACCAAAUCCCGCAUGUUCACAGUUGCCCUGUUGUUACCAAUGUCCACUCCACAGAAGUAGGGUGAUUUAUCACCAUCUAGAAUCUAUUCAAUAACAGAAGCACUUCUAUAUUAUAAAAUGGUCAUCAUACCAUCUUUCUGUACCAGUGUGCCAAAAAGUUUGGUGCAACAUUGGCAAAGAUAGCGUAAAUACCACUAUUAAACUGCGAUGCAGAUCUCAGUUUAGAUGAUUUGCCCUUCAUAGUUCUUCAAAUACUACCAUAACGCUUCCUAUUUCUGAACAAAAUAUUUUAUAUCCAUGUAUUUCCUAAAGCUUUAGCAUUCAAAAUGUGUUAAUGUUUCUUCUAAGAUAUGUGUUUUCCUUUCAUGAGGGAUGGGAGAGGGUCCUGUACCUGAAAAAUCUCUAUGUUCACAUGCCAGAUGCUGCAUUUCCAGUGCUUUCUGUUUUGUUUCUGUGGUGAUUUAACUUGCUUCACUAUCAAAAUAUAUUUGCACAAGAAUAAUGUUUAUGCUGGCCCUUUGUAUAGCACUGUAACAUACAUUCUCUGUUGCCUGAGGAAAGCAGGCUAGCAGUAACCACAGGUUCUAAAACCCUUCUCCUUUGUCUCCUUUACCCUCACCUUUCAACAAGAGUGAAGAGCUUAUGGAUUUCUUGAUCAUUGAAGUCAUCCAUAUAUUUGCCUCUGUUGCACCUCUGUCCUCCUCCCCCCAUUUAACGUUAACAAGGACCUGUGGUGUUUCGUCUUUCUGUUAGGCUCUCUUGUUGUAGGAACUUAAGUAUAUACUUUUCUUAAAAUGAAAACAGUAUAUUUCAAACAGGAAAUAACUUUAGAUGAACAUAGUGUGUAUGGAGCUGUCCUGAAGGCUCAAUUGUUGAAGGUGGCAUUUACUAAGUCACAUCGACCAGAAAAGCUCUGGCUUAAUUGCUGGUCUGUACCAUCUAUACUGAUGUCAUCGAGAGUGGCAGUGGUGUUUCUAUUGGCCAACACCAAUAAACUAGCCAGGUCAUUAGUUCUUAUUGCUAUCUAGUGAUUCAUAUAUAUGUCGGGUGAAGUAGAACUGAAAUCAGCUGUGAUGUUCCCUUCCCAUCUCUCACUCCCCAAGACCAAAUAGCAAAAAUGUUUACACUGGAGGGAGUUUUUAGGAUUUUAAUUUGAGACAAAUGUCACAUGAUAAAAGCCAUACCUCAACAUAUUUCAGUACCUCCAAGGAUUAAGGGAUGAGGGAUAGAUAUGGCACAUUGACGAUAGAUGGUCAUUUAUUUUUAUGUAAACACUAUUAAAACAACAACCACAAGGUUCUUGAAUAUUACUAAUUUAAAAUAAAGCACUGAACUAGAGUAAAAGGGCAUUUCUAAUAAGAUUUUCAGUCAUAGUUUGUAAAUUAAUACCAAAUUCACUUUGUCCCUCAUUACUUGUGAGUCAUUCUUUGGCUUUUUUUAAACAAUGCCUUAUUUGGUAAUUUUUCAACAAUAAAGGGAAUGCAUGUCAGUAGGGGAGAAUGCUCCAAUCAUCACACUUUUGGCACUUUCCAGAUCUUAUACUGCGCUUGUCCACAAGCCUGUCAUGAGUGCUUCGAUCUGGACCACUACCCUCAGCAUAACCAAGAUAUAAAUGGAACAAUGGGAAAAUGUGGCAGAAACACCUCAUACCAAUCUGACAGAUAUGCUUAAAUGACGAUAAAACAAGGUCACCUAGAUUCUCAGCUUCCACAUGGAAUCUUCAGGAACACCAGCAAACAUUACUCACUCAUUGUCAACAGACGUCUUUCCUUAUAUGGAAACUGCUUAUCCUACAUGAUGUGGCUUGCAUAUAACGUGUGAUUUUUCCUCCCCCACCCCCAUAUUGUGUAUCGUUUUAUUUUUAUAAUAUUGACAAAAACGUUUGUGAAGCAACUUUUCCUGCCACAAACUUCUGAUAUUUUGGGAUUUGAAACAGAAAGUUUUGAAUGAGAAUUAAACCAGUAAUUAAUAUGAAUUAAUAUGUAUAAAGCAGGUUAAGGAUUGUAUUUUACCCUUUUCCCAUUUUAAAAUGUAGGAUGCAUGGAAGCAUGGAUCCAUGGAGGAGAAUGUUAAGCAUUUUCAUGCUCUAUUUAUACCAGGAUUUAAAGACUGGAAUCCUUCCAAAUCCCUUAUCGCUCUCCUUUUCAAUUGACAAUAUUAAAGCUCAUUGUUCCAGACCAA